CGUCUCGUUCCUCCACGAGCACGAAGCAAAAUGCACUCCUCUCUCUGUCUCACUCUCAUCUGAACCCAACCCACACCGACCGGUCGGCCGGCCAAGAAGAAGACUCACCACUCAUCAGACGCGCAGGGAGGCAGGGAGCCAUCAUAGUUCCUCAUCGUACUCACUCACUGCCCGCCUCCAUGGCGUCCCUGCGCCAGCUCCACAAGUGCAGGCGCAAUGCCGCCGCCACCGCCGCCUUCCUGCUCACCCUCCUCUCCGUCGCCGUCGCGCGGGACCACCGCCCCGGCGUGGGCCGGAGCAGCGAGGCGGAGCUGCGGGCGCCGGCGCCGGCGCCCGCGCAGGCCGGCCGGAGCUGCGAGGCGCAGCUGCGGGCGCUGCCGGACCACGCGGCGCGGUGCCGGUACCUGUCGUGGGCCUCGCACCCGGCGUGCGCGCCGCGCGGGUACGUGCACUACCUGCGCCUCUUCUACUGCGCCUUCGGCGGCGCGCCGUGGCUCGGGGCCGCCGCGCUCGCGCUCUGGCUGCUGCUCCUCUUCUACCUCCUCGGUGACACCGCGUCCCAGUACUUCUGCGCCGCGCUCCAGGGCCUGUCCGCCGCGCUGCGCCUCCCGCCGGCCAUCGCGGGCGUCACGCUCCUGUCGCUGGGCAACGGCGCGCCCGACGUGCUCUCCAGCGUCGUCGCCUUCGCGGCGGCCGACGCCGACGCCGGGGACGUCGGGCUCAGCAGCGUCCUCGGCGGCGCGCUCUUCGUGUCUACCGUCGUCGCCGGCGUCGUCGCCAUCGUCGCCUCCUCGUCCGGGACCCGAGGAGGCCCCGUCGAGAUCGAGCGCGCCGGGUUCGUGCGCGACGUCUGCUUCCUCCUCGUCGCGCUCUGCUACCUCCUCGCCGUGCUGCUCACCGGCUCCGUCACCGUCUGGGCCGCCGCCUCCUUCCUCUCCCUCUACGCCGCGUACGUCCUCCUCGUCUGGACGUCCCACUGCUGCGCGGAGGACGGCACGACGAAGCCCGCCGUCGACGACGUCGCUGCCGCGGGUCCCGAUCCCGACCUCGCCGCCCCUCUCCUCGCCGAGGACCCCGACGAACCUCCCGCGCUCCCCAUCUCGUCCAAGCACGCCGAGGCCGCCGCACCGCCGCGGCGGGGGAGGAGCAGCCUCGCGCGCCACGCCCUCCACGCGCUGCAGUGGCCGCUGUACCUGCCGCGUCGCCUCACGAUCCCGGACAUCGCGGCGCACCGGUGGUCCAAGCGCUACGCGGUGGCGUCCGCGCUCCUCGCCCCUCUCCUCCUGGCGGCGAUCUCGUCCCCCUCCAGCCCCGCCGCCGCCCUCUCCGGCGCGGUGGCCGGGACGGUCCUCGCGGCGGCGGCCGCCCGCGGCACGUCCUCCUCGUCCCCGCCCGCGGGCCGCUGCCGGCGCCUCCCGUGGCUCGCCGGCGGGUUCCUCAUGUCCGUGCUCUGGUCCUACUUGCUGGCGCGGGAGCUGGUGGCGCUGCUGGUCUCCAUCGGCCUGAUUGCCGGCGUGAGGGCGAGCGUGCUGGGCGCGACCGUGCUGGCGUGGGGCAACUCGCUGGGGGACCUGGUGGCCGACGUGGCCAUGGCCAUGCACGGCGGCCACGGCGGGGCCCAGACCGCGGUGUCGGGCUGCUACGCGGGCCCCGUAUUCAACACGGUCGUGGGCCUGGGCCUGUCGCUGACGCUGGCGGCCGGGGCCCGGUUCCCGCGCCCGUACGCGAUCCCGGCGGACGCGUCGGCGUACCAGGCGGCAGGAUUCCUUGCGGCCGGGCUGGUGUGGGCGAUCGUGGUGCUGCCCGCGCGAGGCAUGCGGCUGGACAAGGUGCUUGGGGUGGGGCUGCUCCUCAUCUACCUCGGCUUCCUCGGAGUUAGGCUAGGCUCUCUGUCUCUCGGAGGAGCAAACGGCUCAUGAUCCAUCGUCUCUUCUUCUUCUUUGGGAUCCAUGACACUCUUGGGUGGUGAUGGAUGCAUGGCCAGAGUAAAUUAUUGGAAUGUCAAUUCUUGGAGACAUAUACCUACAUGCAUAUAUACAUGUGAACAUA